AUCCGGUGUCGGCUGCAGCUGUCAGUGCGGCGGGCGCGGAGCAGGCGGCCGGCGGGGCCGCCUAUUAAUAACGCGGCCACCCAGCCCGGGGUCGCGCAGCCAUGGCCAGCCCGGAGCCCCGGCGCAGCGGGGACGGCGCCGCCCAGGCCGCGAGGGGAACAGGGGCGGAGGCCACUUCUUCUUUUCAAGAGGAGAAGCACUCUGAGUCCCUGGAUGAGGAGGGGCCCUUGGACCCAGAAGUUGCUCUGUCUUUGGAGGGGACCUUAGACUUGGAAGACAUUCUCUACCUGGGGGCCGCAGGUGACUUUGAUGACAUAUUGUACGUGGAAGAGACUGAGGAUCCCGAGGAGACUCUGCACAUUGAGGAGAUCAGGCAGCCAAAGGAGCCCCUGUGUGCGGAAGAACCUGUGAGGCCGGAGGAGACACAGCACGCGGAGGAGCCUGUGAAGCCAGAGGAGACUGUGAAGCCAGAGGAGACGCUGUGUGCAGAGGAGACUGUGAAGCCGGAGGAGACGCUGUGUGCAGAGGAGACUGUGAAGCCGGAGGAGACGCUGUGUGCAGAGGAGACUGUGAAGCCGGAGGAGACGCUGUGUGCAGAGGAGACCGUGAAGCCGGAGGAGACAAGCCCAGAGCAGACGGCUUAUGGGGGAGAGACACUCACAGACGCAGAGAAACCUAACCCGGCGGAGGAGAGCCUCGAAUUCGGAUCCGGGCCUACUCCCAGCCCAGAGGAGAGCCUGAGCAUAGAGGACCUGGAAUUGCUGGAGGGGCGUUUCCAGCAAUGUGUCCAAGCUGUGGCCCAGCUGGAAGAGGAGAGGGAUCAGCUCAUUCAUGAGCUUGUGUUGCUCCGGGAGCCGGCCCUCCAGGAGGUGCAACAAGUCCAUCAGGACAUCCUGGCUGCCUACAAACUGCAUGCUCAAGCAGAGCUGGAGCGGGACGGGCUACGGGAGGAGAUCCGGCUGGUCAAGCAGAAGCUCUUCAAGGUGACAAAGGAAUGUGUGGCCUACCAAUACCAGCUGGAGUGCCGCCGGCAGGACGUGGCCCAGUUUGCCGAUUUCCGGGAAGUGCUGACUGCACGGGCAGCCCAGCUCUCGGAGGAACUGGCCCAGCUCCGGGAUGCCUGUCAGAAGCAGAAGGAGCAGUUAAGGCAACAACUAGAAGCACCUCCGAGCCAGGGGGAUGGGCACUUCCUGCAGGAGAGCCGGCGGCUCUCGGCCCAGUUUGAGAAUCUCAUGGCAGAGAGCCGCCAGGGCCUGGAGGAGGAGUAUGAGCCUCAGCUGCUGCGGCUCCUGGAGAGGAAAGAAGCUGCUGCCAAAGCCCUGCAGAAAACGCAGGCGGAGAUCCAGGAGAUGAAGGAGGCUCUGAGACCCCUGCAAGCAGAGGUCCGGCAGCUCCAGCUCCAGAACAGGAACCUGGAGGACCAGAUCACACUUGUGAGGCAAAAACGGGACGAGGAGGUGCAGCAGUACAGGGAACAGCUGGAGAAAAUGGAAGAACGACAGAGGCAGUUAAGAAGUGGGGUGCAGCUCCAGCAACAGAAGAACAAAGAGAUGGAGCAGCUAAGGAUCAGCCUUGCUGAAGAGCUCUCAACUUACAAGGCUAAGCUACCCAAGAGCCUGGAACAGACAGGUGAAAGCGAAACACAGUCUCAAGGAGCUGUUUAGAAAUGUAUGGUGGAAUCUGUAACCCUGAAACAACCAAAAAAGCUUCUUAGCACUAAGGAUCAGUGCCCUUUGGACACUUUUUCCAGAGAACAGUGCCAGGGACUUGGCAAGCAAUUCACCCUGGGAAAUUUACAGAUACUGGCUGACCUGUUUAGAAAGAUUCUGGGGCCGGCUGGAGGCAGAAGGCACUGGUCGGUUCCCAGCCGGGUUCUGUGUCAUAGGGAUGCUGGUACCGACCAGUGCACAGAAGAUCGGGAAACACAAGCCUCCUGCCCGCCAGCAGCGACCUGCAGGCCGAGUCAAGGAUCAGCGUAUGCACGCCUGCAGUCUGGGGAAGAACGCAUCUUGCCUGGAGUUGACCUAAACCAAAAACAUUUUUUUGAAGCACAGGUGGGGUCGUAAGACAGCCAGUUUUCAUGACAGGGGUUUACAAUUUGAAUUCUUUUGUGCCAUACCUUGAGUGUUAAGACUUUAAAAUGAAUCCUUUUUCAAAGUUUACUUUUGUCAAGAUAACUUUCACUCUACUCUAAAAGAACUACUGACUUGAAAAAAAGGAGCUAAUCCAGAUUUCCCAAAAGAUCGUUAAUCUCGUGACAAUGAUUUCUGUCAGUGGUCUAGUCAGUCAGACCCAGUGAUUACAAAGAACCAGGCAUUGUAUCCGGUCACAGCACUCGGCUGGAAAGGCUUUCAAGAGCCCUUUGUUCCUGACCUCUAAGUACAGGCCCCAGUGAAAAACAUACUGGGGGGAAUUCACCCUAUGAGAAAAGGUUCAAAUGCCUUUUCCAAACGUAAUUUUUGCCUUAAAUCUCUCUGCCUCACUGCCUUUGACAUUCUUGCAACUCCACGUAGGGUCUGCUAGGGACAGACUUCAGUAAGAUGUUAUUUUAUCAAAGACUAAUCUGUACACCUGUGAUAUGGUGUUUUCUAUCUUUCACUUUCCACGGGAAGGAAUGAAGCUCUUUUCUGUAGCUCUGGGUCUAUUAAAAUUAACUUUGCUCUUGAUAAUCAAAGACCAUAGAAAAUAACUUUCAUCUAAGGAUUCUUCUAGAAGCCAGAGACUGGUGUUUUAUAGGUAUUAUAUACUAAAGAAAACCCAUCAGCGCAUGGAGUUAUGUAGAAAAGCAAUUUAUUCCAUUAUAAGCACUUACACAGUUAGUCAUGGAGAGUAACAGGCCUGCUGGUGAAACAGGUCACCCAAAACAGAUGGUAUCAAACUAGUUGUCAAGGACUAACUCCUAAAAAAAAAAAGGGCAACUCUUAUCCAGGAUUAAUUUAAUUUUAAAAACAAAUACAAGCUAUUGAUUCACUCUUCUCAACUUGACAGUCUACCUGUAGUAAAACUGUCAGGUAAAAACAUACAUCUUUACAACUUGGUGGUCCCAAGUUUAAAAAAAAAAAAAAAAAAAA